GAGCUUCAAGUGCGUGAUGUUUUCAGACGACAUCCAGUGCGACAACUACAAGACGCUCUCGGCUGCGCCCGGUAUCGUGUAUGCGCGGUGCCUCGGCCACGGCUCUGCAAAAGAUCACGUCGCGCCAGAGCCUAACGAGAUCCCCGCGAGCAAGUAUGCCGAGCGACUGACGGAGACGCGAUGGCGUCGCGUUCCAAAGAAAACCGAGAUGAUAUGCGCUGAGAUCUUAGCUGGUAUUCCGACCAAACAGUCACUCGUCGACCAAGCGCUACUGGAGACGUGUGAGCCAGGUUCCCCAGCCGCGGGCCCGGUCCACAAUACGUUCGACGCACUUGCGUCAUCAGACGACGACGUCGAGGACGAUAUCUUGGCUCCAGAGAAGGCAGCACCUCCAAAGCAGGCAGCACCUCCAGACCAAGCAGCGCCUCAAAAACGACAGCAAACCCCGCCACAGCCGCUGACUGCACCGGCAGCAAGCGAAAAGAACAAGCACAAGACAAACCCACGAAAGAUCAAACCAAAAGUCAACUUCGACGACGGCGCCUCGGUGACGGUGUUUGACACUAAUGAAGCGGCGAGGGACGUCGCGUCACACAGCGCCGAUAGCAUGGCUUUCACGUGUGCAGACUACACGCAAGUCCAAGUCGCACGAAAGCGCAUCGCAUUCGGACCCCGCGCCGUUCACUCGCCGAUAUUUCCGAAAGAGUGCGCAAACUCGCUGCAGGUUGGCGUCAACGCAGGAAAUGAGAAGUAUUUCAAUGGAGGCAAAGGCAUCAAUAAGGCUUUCGCGACGGAAAUUGCUGCCGCAGGUCUAAACGUGAAAGACACAGAACGACUCAUCAAGUCGUGUGUCGCUAUCGCAGUGCGAGAUCCUGGAACGGUCGCACGAGACGCCCGAGGCGGAGCUAGUGCAAUUUCGUACACGCACGCAAGGUCAAAGGUAUCCUCAGCCACCAGCGUGACUUGGCCGGGUACAAAUCUAGCGAUGAUCUACGUCGUCGGGCCAGACGGCAAGUCGGCGAUGACGAAGAAAGACUAA